AUGAUUUUCCUCUUCUCCCUCAUCUUCCUAGCAAGUUUCCUUCUCACCCCAGCCCACACCCACCUCCUCCACCAACGCGACUUUGACCCCUCCAAAAUCGCCGACGACGCUGUCUGGGAGAAGCUCAAAUGCAAAGGCGCCGCCCUUCUCUCCUCAAUCCACUCCUCCACCAAUCCGCAGAGCAUCUGGAAAGGCGACCUCAAGCACGAGCUAUCCACAUGGGGCUACAAGGAGGGCUACGCAAGCUACAUCAACUGCGAUAUGAAAGGAUACUGGGGCGUCGAGACGGCUUGCAAAGCUCUGGGUCUGGAUACCCGCCCGAAAAUGAUGGGCGGUCCGAAUUUGUGCUAUAAUUUCCAGCAUUAUGACGCGGGAGCUGGUGUGCCGGCUUCGAAGCAGGAGUAUGAGGUUGACGGGAAGAAGUACCGUGUUACGGGGGCUGAACUGCAGAUUGCGGUCAAUCCUUCUGGAGGAGUGAUCUUCCAGCAAUACGUCACAAGCCCAAUGACUGCGGCAAAGGACUUGUGGAAUAGAGAUCCUGCCCUGAACGAAUUGCCUGAGCUACGUGCGCUCUCUGAUAUCAUGUGGGGUGCUUGGAACCGCGAUAACCCGGACGUAAAGAAGAUACGCUACUUCUGGGUCCAAGGUGUAGGCAACACGCAAACUAAAGCGGUCAUUGCUCGUUCUUUAAAGAACGUGGGGAAGCAGCUGGAGCUGUGGCCUGGUACUACGUUCGGAAUGGAUAGUGAUGAGGGACUGGCGAUGCUCGGUAGGUGUAUAUCAGAAAAUCUUCUUGGUCGACUCGGGGCGGGUUCAGAUGACUCACGCGCUGACCAUAUUGGUGUAGGUUCUGCGAAUGCGGCAUGUUUUGGCUUUUUCCUCGGCAUGCAUCAAGCUGAGUUAGGGAGAUUGACUAUCGACAAAGUCCAAGUCUUCAAGUCAGAAUCAUCUUCCAAUCCGGACCCUGAUCUGCUCUUCUACGUACAAGAGGACACGGGCUGA